CACUGGAUAUCAAUGGCGAAAUACUGAGUCUCUAGUUUUCUCAGCUUCUCCGAACAGAAAUGUGGAAAUAGGAUUUGGCUAUACUAUUUCAUGUUGGUUCAUCACUUUUCAUUAUGAGCCAAGAGAGUCCUGCCAACAAGGAGAAAACUCACUCCAUCUUGUUAAGGAAAAGCAGCAACCAGAAAAUGGUUCUUAAGGAGAAAAUUGUACAGAUCUAUGAGGCUUUUUUUCAUGGGGAAGAUCCUUCAGUAUCAAAUCCAAACUUCUGGGAUGAACUUUUCCUCCUGCGGGUCAACACACAGUUCAUUGAAAGCGAGAUUGAUAAACUCAAUGGAGAUGGUUUGUUGGACUUGAAAGACAACUUCAACCUGCUCUUUUUUCAAGCCUGUGAGACUCUGAAGGGAGACAACAACAUUCGGAAAGUGAAUGCAUUGCUUACCCUGUGUGCUCUUGUCCGAGGCAUAUUUCGAAAGAGCCAAGGGAACUAUGGCUUUGAUGUUAUCAACCUGUUGGUUGGAUUUGACUCGGCAGAAGGUGUGAUGCAGUCCUUGAUUGAGUGCAUCAAUAACUUUUUGACUGGAGAUUUCCCAACCACCCUGAAGCAACUAUCUCUGAAGUUUAUGUUGGUUCUGGUCACAGCAACAGACAACAUCAGUCAGAAUACAAUGCUGGAAUAUCUCCUCAUCAACAGCCUCUUUGAGUCUUUGGUUCUGAUCCUGGGUAACUGGAAUCUGAGACCCAUAUUGGGACAAGAUGCUGUUUUGCUAUUAACGCUGUUGGUGCAAUACAGGAAAUAUGAAUCUGCAAACCCCUAUGUAGUCAAGCUAUCAAUCUUGGAUGAUGAGCUGGCUCUCACAGGUUAUGCUCAAAUUGUGUCUCAUCUGCUGUCUGAAUUUAACAGAGAUUAUGAGGACCAGAGUGAAGAGCCCACACAAGGCUGGUUUUCUGCUUUAGCCAGCAUGGUUGGUAGCAUGUUUGUUGCUGAGGAAAAGAAAAUGGAGAUGAUGAGAGCCAAUGAUUCCCUUUUACUGGCAUUAUAUGAAGCAAUCCAUUUGAAUAGGAAUUUCAUCACAGCUCUUACUCAUUCUCACACCCCGCCAUCAGCGACGACACCUCCAUCUUCCCCUGUCAUUUCCACAUCGCCAGCAUCGUUCACACAAGGAAGUGCUCCCUCUAGCCCCACCCAGGAACGUCCUACCAGCCCAGCUCCCACGACUCCAAGCCCAAUGACUCAACCCACAAAUCUCCUGGUCACGUUCUUGCAGUACAGCUCCAUUGUCACUCAGGAGACCAAGGAGACAACAAGGUUCAACAAUGCCAAGCUGUGUCUCAUCAUUCUGACAUGCAUUGCUGAGGAUCAGUAUGCUAACUCCAUCAUGCAUGAUGCGAACAUGACAUUCCGCGUCCCACUUCACAAGAUGCCAAUGCGUCACAGAAAGGCAAGGACAGAAGUCAAUCCUCCGUCUCGUCCUCUGGUUUGUUCACUGCUAGAUUUGAUGGUUGAAUUUGUUCAGAGUCACUUGAUGAAAACUUUCCCAAUGGAACUCUAUGUGAGGUCUUUGGGAAUCAUUCACCGAGUCUUGUGUUAUCAGAAAAAAUUGCGAGUUCGAAUACAGUAUCCUUGGAAACAUUUAUGGACAGCCUUGAUCAACCUGUUGAAGUUUCUCCUGUCCCAUGAAAACCAGCUAGUGAAGAAGUACAAUGUGUUCCAUUUAGCCUCAAAGGUGGUCAAUAUUUUCAACCUGUUUGUCACAUAUGGAGACACUUUCCUGCCGAAUCCAACCAGCUAUGAUGAACUGUACUAUGAAAUUAUCCGCAUGCAUCACUCCUUUGACAAUGUCUAUUCCAUGGCUCUUAGGUAUACUGCUACUGAAAGUGAGCACAAAGAUUCUGCUGCUAAGCUGACCAAUCAUUUGGUCAAUAUCAGAGCCAUUAUCAACCAUUUCUCCCCCAAGGUAGAUGCCUGGGCUGUGGCAAAUCACUUGUCCUCUCUUACCGAGGAGCAGGUGCUGGAGGUGGUGCGUGGUAACUAUGACACCCUGACAUUGAAACUACAAGAUAGUCUGGACCAGUAUGAGAGAUACAGUGAAAAACCAAGAGAGACUCCUUUCUUCACUAGCCAGGUGCGUUCCAUCAUCUGUGACGUGCGUAAGUCUGUGAGCAACCUGAGCACUCACCAUCACGACGCUCUUACCGAGCUGGCUGCCAUCUCCUAACAACUUGAGCCUUUCUACUCAAGUGGACAGCUGUUGUGCUACCUGUCAGGAUGAGAACGGCAUUGCUGUGUACACAGGGAGAACUGUUUGUGUGUGUUCCUGAAGGGGAAAGCUGUUUGUGCUCCUAAAGGGAGAAAUGUUUGUGUGUGCUCCUAAAAAGGAAAAAAACUUUGCGUAUGUUUCUGAAAAGGAAAAAAACUGUUUGUGUGUGUUCCUAAAGGGAGAACAGUUUGUGUGUGUGUUCCUAAAGGAGAAAACUGUUUGUGUGUGUUCUUAAAGGGAGUACUGUUUGUGUGUGCUCCAUCAGGAAGAACUGUUUGCUUGACUUGUUUGUGUAUGUUCCUACAGGCAGAACUGUUUGUGUGCUACUUGUUUGUGUGUGUUUCAUCAGGUACAAUUGUUUGUGUUUGUGUGUUCCUAGAGAGAGCUCUGUUUGUGUGUGUUCCUAUAGAGGGGUUGUUACGUGGGAGACAUCUGUGGAUUGACCUCAUGAGGGGCCAGUAGGGCAUGGUCUGUAGGACUGUUUGACAUUUCGUGGGACUGUUGUGUGUGUGUGUACGUGCGUGCUUGUAUGCGUGUGUGCGUGCGUGCCUGCACAGGUUUUUGUUAAAGUAGGCACUUUUUGAGUACUCUGUCUAACUGAGGCACCCAUUGCCAACACUUGUUCUUUUUUACUAUCCUAAAAAGAUUGUAUCGUCUUUUUGUGUUGGAAUUUUAAUAUAGUAUGAACAUCUGCAAGAGAAAAAAAAA